AAAGGGAAGUUCCUGCAGCGAUGGUUGUCUGAGGGCUUCAGAGUGCACCGUCACAUUUGUAUCCAAGUCAUCUCAAGAUUUGUUCAACUGCGCCCGGCGCCCUCGCUCUCGUUGUGACAUGUUUGGGCAAGAUGAAUAUGGAUGUAACCGUGUGGUCCUGCUGUGUCUCGGACUGCUGAAUAUCAUUCUGCUGAUAAUUGCUGUUGUUCUUGGAGUUAACUGUGCCCCAGCCCAACAAAUUUCCUACCCAAAUUCCCACCCGGCUGCAGUGCAGCUCAUGAAUGAGCUGGAAUAUCUCCUUAGCAACCACAGUGAUGUGAUGAAGGCUGAGCAAGAGGCCCGGAAGGAGUUACAGAGAGCAACCAAAAACCAUGCAAAACUUAAGGUGAAAAUUGACAAGCAGAGGACCAUCAAUGACUGUUAUCAGAGGCAAGUUGAGAGUCUGCGCAAGGAAAGGAAACACCUGCAGUCCAAUGUGACAGCUUUGGAGGGGACCUGUGGCAAGUGCCCUCAGGGUUGGACCUUUUUCCACUCCUCUUGCUAUUUCUUCUCUUUUAUGCAAAUUAAAAACUGGAUGGGAAGCCGAGACUACUGCAUCAGUCAUGGAGCAGAUCUGGUUGUGAUAGAUCACCAAGACGAGCAGUUAUAUGUGAGUCAAAGCAUUAAACAUUUCAGCAGUGAAGUGUGGAUCGGCCUCACUGAUAUGGCAUCAGAGGGAAAAUGGGUUUGGAUUAAUAACGUCACAGAAUUGGAGCAAAGGUACUGGAUGCCAGGAGAACCUGACAACUCCGGCCAUUGUGGGGUUUCUAUCAGUUCCCCGAGUGCACCAUGGCAGACCCGCCACGAUGAAGAUUGCAGAAUGCAGUUAUUCUGGAUAUGUGAAAUGGCACCAAAAUAGAGUACAGAAAAAGGCCGUGGUCUUUAUAUGAAAUAAAAUGAUUAUUUUUUAUGAUUCUGAGUAGUCUUCAUAUUUGUACAGUGGAACCUCAGGUUGGCAUACACCCCGGUUAGCGUGUUUUUCACUUAAAAAAUUGACACCACAAUUUUGCCUCUGCUUGCGUGCAUUCUCCGGUUAGCGCACAAUAUUGCGCGUGUCUUGUCGUGUUAUUAAUACACGGCGUGAGUCCAACUUUGUUCUUCCAUGUAUUUUUAUCACAAAAUGUCUUAUUUAGCGUCCUCUUAGCUUGCCGUUACAUGUGUAGUAGCAUGUCUUCCAAAGCAUUCUGAAAAACCACCCAAAUUGUGUAUGGAAUGAGACAUUAUUUUGCAUUUGUCAUGUUAAACGUGAUUGCUCGCCCGAAAGGGAAGUAUCCCCCCCCCUAAAGUCACUGCGAAACUUUCACUUCACUUUUCCACUGGAUCCUUCUACGGGAAUUGCGGAACUUAAUAUUGAUGAGUUGAGCAAUGGAAGACAGAAGUAACAUUCGGGUAAAUUGUUUGCCUCCUCACAGAUUGAAGCUAAUCCGUCUGAACGGCGAAGGGAGAAAUGUCUGAAUUCGAUCUAAAAGGUGGAUUUGGCUCACCGAAUUCUGAAAAUGAUGCUGACAUGGAGCCUUCCGGACAAAAGCGCAAACGAGCUUCCUGCAUUACCCUUUGCAGAGCUGCCACAGCCAGCCUGGUGAUACUCGCUGUCAUGUUACUGAUAGUUGACAUUCACCUGGCGAUCAAGUACGUCACGCUCCGCAAUACACACCAGUAUCUCGACGACCCAGACAUUAUCGAAAGGGAGUUGAUCAAACUGGAGGAGUCUUACAAGCUCGCAGUUGGAAACAUAACAAAUGCAAAGAAACAGCUGUACAGUGAGAUGGGAAGACAAAUACAAACCAACUGGGAGUUUGAACACCAGAAAAGAAGAACCCGUGACUAUGAAGUUCAGAUUGAUGAAGUCAUGAAGGAUGUCGUGCAUCUACAAUCGUACUUACCAGUAAUAGAAGGUGGUUGCAAACACUGUCCAGUCGGGUGGAGUUUGAUCAACUCUGCGUGCUACUACUUUUCCUUGUCUCACACCGUUGGACGCAACUCAUGGCAAAACGCGAGGGAGUUCUGUCAGCUGUACGGAGGCGACCUCAUAAUCAUCGACAGCAAGGACGAAGAGAAUGCGACCAUAAAUUACUUGAGAAGUCAUGCAGGUGCCUCAGGAGGUAACUUUUGGAUUGGACUGAGACGGUUUCAAAAGGAAGGACUUUGGAGAUGGACGGAUGAAAGAGACCUGGUUGAAGGGUUCUGGGAAGCUGGAGAAUCAAAUGAUAACAUUCAUCAGGGGUGUGCUGCUUUAUAUAACGCAGAAAACUUCUUCACUGCUUGGAUUAGUAUUGACUGUGAUCUCCACAGCAAAUGGAUUUGUGAAAAAGCACCAAGUAAUAACCAGUGAACUAAAACAGCCAUCCACUUUUCACAUUCACAGCGUGUGACACACAGAACAUACUGUGUCUGUACCUUGGAGUUACAAAUGCUCCACAAAUCGUCACAAACGAUGGAGCGCUGGACUGCUGUAAUAGCUGAUGUUUCAAUGUUUGCUGCUGGUAACUCACAAAUAUUGGGAAGUACAUUGUCAUUACUAUUCUAACAAAGUCAUAUAAGUAAUUGCUUGAAACAUGUUGAACAAUGCUCAGAUGUUUUUGGAGCACACUCACCCCAGGCUGUCUUUACUCUCUCACUCUAAGGACUAACUGAUGUUACAAACAUGUUUUUCUUUAUUUUUCCCAUGCUGCUGCAUCUCCCCUGUAAUCUUCUGGAAUCUACCAGCGGAAAACUUUGGUCAAAUGUUGCCACACGCAGUAGUGAACAUUCAUGACAUUCCAUAUGAGAACUGGCAAUCGUUAUCCAAAGUUUACUACAUCUUGAUGAAGAAUACACUCUUUCACUCGAAUGUAACAAACCGAGUGUCAUGAUCUGUGGUGCUGCUCUGCUGCCCUCUACUUGUGUUCUGGUUGCAGUGCAAAGACCGGCUGGCCUGGGAUGGAGCCAUGCGCGCACACCUGCAGCUAAUUCCUGUCCGCUUCAUAAGCAGCACACACCUGUUCUCAGUUGCCACAUUCAUUGUUUUCAUGCUACUUUCCAUGUUCCUACCGGCUUCUCGAGCUCUCUGUAUUUGCCAUACCUUCUGGUUAUCUCCAGCAGUGUUUUUGGUUACACUCUGUGAGUACUUUUCACCUGCUUGGUAGUUCCAGCAGUGUAGUUUUUGUUAUAGUAUCUCCCUAUCCUGCUAUCUGUGCUAGCAGCGCUUUUCGUUUGUCUAUUUUUCCCGUGGCUUUCCCGGAGGAUUUUCUGUUGUACUUUGACUUUUUGUAUUGCACUCCUUGUGAGCCUCUUUUUGUUA